UCCUGCUUUGCAGUGACGUGAGAAAAAAUUCAAGUAUCCGAUACUUUUUUCAGAAACGAAAAUAGAGAAACUAGCUACCUGAAGUGCUACCUAGUUGGAUUUGACAAAUAAAACAACGAACAUUAUAUAUAUCAACCCGUACCAACAACUCCUGAAACGUGGUCAGCGCCGUGAGUGCUACCGCGUGUCCCCGCUUCUACUGCUAUGUUUCCCUGUCCGUGGGAAGUCGCUGAGGAGUGCGUCGAGGAAGUUGUCGGUGAGAUCGUCCAGGAGGGUGGCGAGCGCAUUCACUACCACCGACUCGCGGAAAAAUCUACUCCCUUCGCAGCGCAGGCGGCCUCGAAAACAAUACUGUCGCAGCUCGGCAUCGCCUUUGUGCGUCACGAGUCUCUGGAAAACGACGAUUUCCACUUGGAAAAAAUCCCAAACAUACAACCCAACCCCGCGGAUUACUGGGGCAGGAUGCUACGACCCAUCAUGCCCAUGGACGAGCAUGAGAGAAGAGUAAAAGCACAGGAGGACGCCGCGGCAGCGAUGGCAUCGCCAAGUGGGGGCGGGGGAAAAACGUCACCAGGUGCGAUAUUAAUUUUUUUUUGUGCUUUUCGAGUGGUACUUAGAAGCGCUCCUCAGAUGGCCACGCGGAGGACGGGAAUGAUUGUGAUUCGUUAUCGACUUUCCAGCAAUGAGAAUGAAGUUGAGCAUGAUUUUUUUAUUCUAGGAAGAUCAAGAUUCAUGUAGCAGUAGGAGCGAGUAGCGCUUGCUCUGCCAUGCGAAAAGUAAAACAAACCUGACCAGGUGGUCGCAGCAAGAAAGGUGGCGCAGCCAGUUCCGACGCGGGAAAAACCGAUUCCAGAAUGGACGACCUGGCGAAUAGAAAAACGAAAUUACAGGAGGACAUCCAGGAGGACGAGGAGGAAAACAAGUACCGCCAGGUCAAGGAGCGCGAGGAGAAAACCAAGCAAGAGGCAAUUGCAAAGGCGGAGAGCGACAAGAAAGCGGGGGAAGAACAGAAGAGAAGGGCGGACAAGUUGCUCGAACAGAUGGCGCAACAAACCUGGACCUUUGAUACAGCGGGGAAACUGAUGUGGGUCGACCCAGCAGACGGAAACAAGUAUUUUUUAGCGGUUCCGGUCCUACUGUUGGAGAUGCACGACUAGUCCUGUUCGUAUGCAUGAUAAUUGUGGCGCAGCAUCUGUAUCUGAUGUAUGCAUGGCGAUGUGAACGUUGAGUUACGAAAACGAAAACAAAAACAAUUCAUUGUUUCAGGUUGCCCAAAGUAAUAUCGGAGAUCACAUCAAAGGGAGAAGCGGUCGGGAAGAAGACGAGCAAGAAACAGGGAGACAGCCCCUCACCAGAAAAGUCACCGAAGUCCAGGUCAAGGUCACCCGGAGCGAAAAAGAAACCGAAGGGCGUACUGACUUACUACUAUUACUAGAACACAAAUUUGUGAUGCAUGCUUGCGAUUCUAUGUCUAUCAUGGUGAUGGAUUCUUUUGUACUAAGUAACGCAAAGGUACAAUAACUUUAUACGACAGCCACAAUUCACCGAUGGUUUCACGCGGCUACAAUCCGAGCAACCGCCGAUUACAGAAACGAUGAACGUAAAAUCCGGCGUGACUUUGAUGUCAAAGGGGCAGGUGAAAAAAGGUGGCCCAUCCGACGACACAAGGAUGAGCCGAACGAAAUAUCAGCAGUUUCUCGAGGCAGAACAGUCUGGGUAAGUGCAGCUGCGUUGGAACUUCAAUCAUGUGUUUUCCAUAUCCUUUUUGCAUGAGUUUUGUAAGCAUGGAUUCUCGUAGUUGUAUGUUCAUCACCUACCUACUGCUUUUUGAGUUGAUGUCUGUUUUGGUCGAGCGCGAACUCUUGGAUGCUCGUCAGCACAGUCAACUCAAAAUCAAAAACAGGCAAGCAACAAGCGCAACCUUCUACACGGCGACUCAGAAGACCGAGCCUGCAGCGGCUCCAGAGUUGCCACCACUAGACGUACAACUUGUUUUGAAUCUGUGAUUUUCAUGAAGGGACUCAAUGUGUAUAGGGCAUGACCAUUAUAUUGAUGAUUUGUAUUGCACAUGCUUCUUCUUGGUCGCAUGACGAAAUAGAGAGUAUCAAAGCGAAAGCGACAUAUAGAUAAUCACCGACCUAAUCCAAAAUCAAAACUUAAACUAGGUCUCCCAAGCGUCCCCCGGCCCGAAAUCCGGUGCCGGCAGUGCCGCAGGUUCCGCGCGCGGUAGCGCCGCGGGAUCGCUGGACCAAGACCGUCCGGGCGGCUCCAUGUUCGGCCCGCUCUCCGCACCCUCGACCACAAAAGACUGGCGGCUCAAGCGGGACGCAAUCGGGAAUCUCGGCCGGUUUCCCCGGCACCACGUGGGCCUGCUGGGAACCACGGCUUCCGCUGGGUUCGCCAGGUGUCUACCGCAGCCGAUGCUCGGAGCCACCAUGGGCCACGGCUUGAAGAAGAACGAAUCCUUUUUCUUCCCCGACACGCUAACUACGAACGAGUUUGAAAGAAGCAUGAGCCGCGCGAGCACGACCGGGAAGUCAUUGUAUCAAUUCAGAACAUUUUAUUCUUUGUGUCUUACUUUUUUCUAGGUUUUAUAUAAACACGGUUGAAAUAAUUGCACCGUGCCCACGGCGUGUGGGAGUCCUCGUUUGGACUUUUUUCUGAGAGAUGUAAGUCUUGUUUUUGUUGAUUCACACACACUGAUCAUAAUGGCUGCUCGUUGUGUGCUCUGUGUCUUCUAAAACCAUUCGCACGCUGCUACACCUGCGCAAGCCUCCUACUUCGCGUUGUGUCGGGCCGUCGCCGGCAGCGGAUGCGCUGGCCAUGAGCGGCGGCGAAGGAAUGGAUACUAGCUCUCACGGCGAGGAAUGCAAUACUGCCGUCGCGCCGAUGGAGGGCACCGGCGACGACUUAACUCCUGAAGAACAACCUACGGCGUCCAUGGUUCAGCCGGACAAGCGUGCUGCUUCAUCUGCGGGCAACUUUUCCUUCGACGCGUUCAAACAUGGCAAGUUGCAAGGCAACUUUGCAACCAACGGACCUACUGACAGUAGCAUGUUCAAGAGCGACGGAUUCCAGGGCCUCAAAAAACCGUACAGCACCACUUUGGACCUCGAUCAUUGCAUGCCGCUGGAGAUGAAGCUGGAGCCGGGGGGUUACGUUGUCGGUCAAGUUUUGAACUUAGGCAAAUGCAGCAAGACCGGAAAUCGCACCGACGGCUACUUCUUCGUCCAGCCCAUUGGAUACACGAGCAUCGGCGACUGGGUAGCAACCAAAAACGAAUACGGAAACUACAAAGGCAUCUACACGACUUUCAACUCCACGAGGGAACAGAAGCCCGGUCUCUACCAGAAGGGGACCUACUGCCGUUUCAUCAUCGACAUUUACACUAGAGGCUGGAUCGCCAAGGACCUCCACGUCAUUCCAUCCCCGAACUCGCCAUACCACAUGAGGCUCCAGGCGGGCGAGAUUUUACCUCCUAGCGGCUACACGAGCCAGCCGACGCCUGCCCCCUGGGCAGCCAGCGCCAAGACAACGGAGAACCCGCUAACUGGUGACAUUAUCGAACACUUCCCGGCGUUAGAGCAGCGCGCAACAAGUUCGUCCUCGACUACCUCCUUCGCCAACAAGACAACCACAACGGGCAUCACCGAGGAGCAGGUGAGGCGAAUUGUUGCCCUCGAAGUGGUGAAGGUUACUGACGUGAAGAACAAGGAAAUCGCCGAGCUGAAGGGGAGAUUUGAGCAGCUUGACCGGGAGCUGACUACGGUGGCUGAUAACUCCGUGAGCCAUCUCUGUAUUCAUCGCGACGAUAUUGACGACCUCUACGAUCGCGUCGGGCGUGCGGAGGAUGUGCUCUGCACGCAGCAGGACGUCAUCGAAUCCCACGGGAGCAGAAUCACGGCGCAGGAGGAGAAGCUGGACAAAUGUGAGAAACACAUCUACACCAAGCUAUCGAAGUCGGUCAAAGCCCUCGUGGAUGAUAUUGAUGAGGUAUUGCAUCGCUCUGCUUCUUCUUCUUCUUCUUCACCUUCAGUCGAGCUACAGCUUGCGCCAGAACGCCAAGAGCUGAUACGCAUCACACCGCCUGACCCGUCCUUCGUGCGCGUGAGUGCGCGGCGGGCCCUUUGUGGUCAACGUGGUCAUGCACAGCAGGCAAGAGCGAUGAUGUUGCAGCAAGAAGUAGAUGUCUCUGUCGGUCCACAGUAUUUUCCUCUCUCUUUCAAUAUUGACACUUCUGACUUCUCUCCAGAUGCAGCAGCAGAUGAUGGCCGUGAAGCUAACGAACGGAAAGGACCCGACAGCACCAGCACCGACGGCGCAGGCACUGUCAUCGAAGACUGCAGUGCAGGGCAUGGAGACGGUUGUUCCGGACUCGGAGGCACCGACGUUGCUCAGUGCCGCGUCGGAAAAUCUGCAUGUUUCCGCGGUCGAUGCAUUGCGGAAAGGAAUGGUGCGGCGCAAACGACCCGAGCGGGGCGAGAUUUUGGAUUUUCGCGUGACACAGGGCGAGCAAAAACGGGCGAGGGAGGUGGAAGCGCCAGGAGCCGACGACGUGGAGGAGGAGGACCCGGUGUCGCCCAUGACCAAGAGCAAGAAGACCAAGACGGACAGCAAACCAGCGGCGCCCCAGCCUCCUGCUGCUGGGAGUAUGGUCGGCGCUUGAGCACCCUCGUGUUUUCGAAUUUUGUCGCACUUCUUGGUGUUGGGUUUUUGAUUAUGACCUUGUUUCUGUACUUGAUGAUGAACAUCUCCUUGUUGCUGAUUUUGGACUACCUUCCCAUCGUUCUGGAAUUGCUGCUGACUUUACUGCCCACACGUGCCGCGCGGUUGUUCUCGGCACCUGCAGCUUGUCCCUACGAAUUGUUAUUGACCCUGAUGCUGUACGUGUUGUUAAAUUUCUGGACUUCGACAAUCACGUUCCGCGAUAAGACGGGCGCACUCGGCAGAACUUGGAGAUGGUGGACAAAGAGCCGCCGGAAGCCUGGAGAGGAAGACUGUGAAACGAGGACAAAGUGCCUCGGCGUUUUCCCUGUCGAAUGUGUUGGCUUCGAUUCGAUUUCAAGAUCUGCGAAAAACUUUGACUUACUGCUGGUUGGAUUUUGGAAAGGACUUGUACUCUCUGUGCGCUCAACUCUGCGAACUGCAACCUGUCGGAAAAAGAAGAAGCGGCGUUUUGCCGCCGCUGGCUCGGUCUCAUUGCGUGUUCUCCGCUCUGUCUUUUUGCUCUUCGAAGCUCUACCUGUUGCCUUUGCUGGGGGGCAGGGUGAGGAUGACUCGUGUUUCAAAAUCGCGAAGUACCGCCUCCGCAAUACCGCGGAACGGGUUGGCCGUGCGGACGAGUAUGCGGCGCUUGUUCGCCCAUCCUACUACCAGACGGUCGCGAAAGCUGCGGCGGAACGGAAGGCGGAGAAAGCUCGACGCGGCGAAGCCGCAACCGGUGGCGCGGAAACCGGCGGCACUGGGAAACCGAAUGGGGCGACAUCAUCUUCAGCUUCAUCAUCAUCGUCUUCGGCAUCGUCGUCAUCUUCUUCUUCAUCUAGCUCAUCAGCACUUCCUUCCUCACGUCAGAUUCCGACUGCUGCUGCGGCCUGCGACUACACCUGCUUCAACCGGGGCCCAUGUGAGUACGGGGCUUUCUCCUCUUCGCGGUCCUACACGAGCAAGGUCAUCACGAUCACAACCCAGAACUGUCGCGAGGCCCUGAUUGGAGGGAAAGCCCGCGACAAGAUCCUCCGUUGCGCCCCGAAGAACACCGACAAAUACGAAAUUUUGGCGCUGACCGAAUGCCGCUGGGGGAAGAGCGGCACGGGGCUACAGGGGGUGAGGCGGAUAAAUGGCGAAGUCGUGGGCGAGGUCGCUCCCGACCUUGACAGCGACUCCGAUUGUGGCGGACCACAGCCAUUAGAGACUUCCGAUUUUCUGUGUCGUGGCUCGGGCUUUAUCUCGGUGUUAGGACCAGGCGCGGGUAUAGUUUUGCGGGGUGGACCGAUAUACCAGGAGCUUGCGAAGCUCAGCGACCCGGACCUUGCGGCUCAUUUUGUUGUACGCGAGCGCGUCGUAGUUGGACUGUUUCGGGGCUUCACGCUUUUCUCGGUAUACGCGCCAGCCUCUGGGGAUAAAUACGCAGUUGCCCGAUUUUUCCGCGAUUUGAACCGUUUUGGGCAGGAGUUGUUGCGGAAAACCGGUCGGCGGGACCUUCCCUACUUCUACGCUGGGGAUUUCAAUGCGCAUGUCGGCAGCGACCAGUCCGGAUUUGCGAUCGGGGAGUUUGCCUCCUCCAAGGCUUCUAGUCCCAAAGGGGUGCAGCUGGCGCGGACUCUGGCUGCGGGGAACUUGCGGCUGGCCGACACCUUCUUCGACUUUGCCACCCAGGACUCGCGUGCAACUUUUCUGCGACGGGGCUGCGAUCCAACGGAAAUUGACGGGUUUGUAACGGCCGGAAGGUGGUUGGGACGGGUCUCGAGUGUCGAGCUUUGUCGCGAGCUGCGGGACGUUGUGGUGGGGAAGGAGGAGGCUGACGGCGAUUAUGUACUGGACCAUUACGGUAAGACGCUGCGUUUCACGUGCACGCAGCCUCCACCAGAAGAUGCUCCAGACGACGACAAGCGGACGGCCUUCAACUACGUGGGAGUGGUGCCCUUGACCCCGGACGUCUGUGCUUCCUUCUCGUCGAAUGUGUCGGAAGUUCUUGGUGAAACUUUGCGGAAACCGGAUCGGAGCUCGCCAAAGCCAACACUUCAGGAGGUUUUAUCUGCUAUCACGGCGAGUGAGCAUCUUGUACUCGAAACCGGACCAGAGCGGCUUUUACGACAACAGGCAUGCGAGAAGCACAAGAAGAAGGCUGCUGCCGAGUUGCCGCCCGUCCUCGCCGCGGACCCUAGCAAGCCCGCUAAAGUUCAGGCGGUUUGGAAGCACCUCGGCAUUGCAAAGCGGCGGAAGGGGAACAGCACGGCGCCGACGGGAUGGGCGAAGCACUAUCUCGAGAACGUUAUCCGAAAAGAAAGCAGUUCGUCGACUUUCCCUGCUGCGGAUUUUGUCGAACAUGUUACGGCGGCCAGUGUUGCAAGCCUCGACGCCCCGAUCACAGUGGUGGAGUGGAAGCAGGCGGUGAAAGACGUGAAGGCCGGCAAUGACGUACAGGUUUGGUCCAAGGAAAUUUUUUCUGCACUGGAUGACGCGACGACGCAGGUCCUCUUGGACGCGAUCGAGGGCGACUUGCGACGGGGUGUGGGGUUGCGGGAAAUUGACGAGAAAUACAGGACAACAAAAAUCUCUUUGCUCCACAAAAGCGGAAGUAGGGAGGAUUUGAAUAAUUUCCGUGGAAUUAGCGGGGUGCCUACCCUCUCCAAGAUUCUUGCUCAUCUCUUCACGAAGCGGCUGCAGGACGUUUUGAUCCGCGAGAAUCUGUACGACGAGGAAAACUACGGGUUUGUGUUUGGUCGAAAUGCUUCGGAUGCGCUUGUGCUAGUUCGGCGCCUUGUCGAGUGCAGCCGGGAUUAUUCCGACUUCGAACAAUUCCAGGAUGUAUGGGCCGCUUUUAUCGAUUUGAGGAAAGCUUUUCCAUCGUUGUGUUGGAAUGUUACAACGGAAAUCGUGGAGCAUAUGGGGAUAGCCUCUACCCUCGGGUGGAGAGCUCUCGCCGCUUGUCACCGUGACAUCAAGUGCCGUGAAGAGCGCGAGCGGGUGAGUUUUGACUUACCAUUAGGAUUGCAGGAGGGCUGUCCGUCCAGUCCUUGCAUCUUCGUCAUGGUGUUCAGCGUGAUCGGCCGGGCACUACGCCAGGCGCGUGCCUUGCUUCCUUCGCCGGGAGGUAACGUAGACCGCAGAGGGGUGCAGCUUCGCUGCGCCACGGGCACGCACGUAGCAACCGAAAAAGAGAAAUUGGAGGUCUUGCUGCGGCCGUCCCAGCAGGCUUCGGUCUCCACGUCGCGCGUGGGUUCCACGAAGUUUGCGGACGACUCAAAUUUUUGGGGAGAGUCGAAAAACGGAACACCAGACUCGCACGUUCUGGAUGCCACGCUGCGUGUCCUGGCUUCGGCCAGGAUGGAGGAGAAUUUGAAGAAGCGGGUAGUGGGCAAAUUGGCAGACGUAGUGGUGAAGUUUUUAGGCAUUUGGCUGUCAGACGAAAAAGACACCUCCGAGCGGAUAAACCGUGCCUGGAAGGCAUUCCACGGGGCGCAGCGGCUUCUCGUCGGUUUUGGGGAGCUAAACAGGACACACCGGCGUGCCAUCGUCGUGGCGCUUGUGCGGGGGACUAUGCUUUACGGUGCAAAUGGUCGCUCGUUCUCGUCGAAAGAGCUCGAGGAACUGAACACCGCCGAAAGCAGUAUUUUGCGCCGCCUUUUCAACACCUCGAUGCGGCAGAUGGAUGCGGCGCAGAUUUCCCAUGCUGAUCUUCGUUGUCACCUCGAGAUACCGCCUCUGGCUGUGGAGAUCGCCUAUUCAAGGCUGUCGCACGGGGGCCACCUUCUUCGUCGGGGCCAGUCCUAUCCGCCGCGGCAGGCCUUUCUUGGUCGCUUUGUUAUCAGCGCCGCCGAUCCUGCGAUCACACCGGAAUCGAAGCCGGAAUUUUUCCUGCUGCCGCCAAGCUCUUCCCGCGUGCCGUCUGUCUACGAAUCCUUCGUCGAUGCAUGUGCGUCGGCGAAGAUCCCGGUCUCGGAUUUUUCUUCCUACCUGGGGCAGGACUCCAGGAGAGAGUGGUACGUGAGGACGAGAUCUUGGCACAUUGAUGCCACGAUGCAGCAUUGGUUUUUUCCGUCCUGGUCCUCGGCCACUUCUGACGAACGUGUUGCUGCUGCAUUUGACAAGCUGCUGAAGAAGUACGGAAUCACGGACCAGGAGUACGACGCUGCGUAUGGUGAUCGGCCGCGGGUGGCGAAGAAGCGAGCGGUCUUGAAGGCCACUCGCAGUCUGGCUGAUUUACGGUCGCGGCAGAUUGCCCUCGAUGGGUCGAUCACGGAUAACCAGACGCAGGAGCUUGUUGCUUCUUCCGCUGGCGUUUACACUACUGCAAGAGGCGACGUCGGGGCCGUGCACUGUGAGGAGUGCAGUUGCGACCUGAAGGGGAGUAGACGGGCGCUCCGAGCACAUUUGCGACUACACCAGCAGGACGAGUUUGUGCGACUUGUCCAGGAGCAGGAUGGUGCGACUUGCACUCCGGUCGAAGAAUUUAUCUACGGGAGGUCGGGGCAGUCCAUCAUUCCACCGGCGUACAAGCAGACCGCGCGUGCUGUGUUGCCGCCUCGACGUUUUCUACCUGACGGGGCCGACAAAUGGACUACUAGACAACUUACCUGCCCGUGCUGCUCGGUCCACGCCAUUGAUUGGCCCAGCUCCUUUCAGAAGAAGGUCGGUGCUGCGAGUCGUAUAAAAACGCACGAGCGGAAGUGCGCCAACUCCAAGAAACUCGACCUUACGGCUGACCUCGAUCCUAUUCCGGAGUGUGCCGACGUUGAGCGACGAGGCGAUGAUGAGAAAUGAUGAAUGGCGUUGCUAUUCGAUCUCGACCACAGCAUUCUGCACUACCCAUUUUUCGAAUGCUGCGCUAAACGAUAACGAGGACACGUCCCAAAACCCCUAGCAAUCCUCCCCUAUGCUAGCAAGAUGAUGAUGAUGAUUUGUGCAUGAAAGAAAAGGACUGACCACAUUUUGAGCAGAGCGGACACGGCAAGCAAACUGAUGAAUCUACUGCACAAAAAAUUCUAUCAGUUACCGCAACGCCUCUACCACCGAAGCAACCACCUUCAGCGACUUGAUGGAGCGUGACCGGCGAGAGGUGGUUACGAGCAUUCGCCGCAUGGACAUCCGGUCGAACCUGCGGUCUGGCGGCGGCCGAAUGCAAACGCGGGAGAAAGGGAGAGCGAUUCUGGACAAGGCUAUGAUGGGGCGAACGCAGUGACCAAGUCCAAGGACAAAAGCCGUGCCGGUCCUCGUUUUCCAGGGGAAUCUACGUUGUAAAAAACUACUAAGCGACGAACUAGCAGCACAACAUGAACUUGUAUUUCUAUUUCGUAGAUUGAUAUGUAGCAAAAACCGUAAAUAAAAUGAGCUUCUGGCUGAGAAAUUAGAGUUAGACAGAAAGCUGCAGCACUGCCCGUCAGCAACACUGCCAGCGGAAGUACUGCCAAUCCACAUCAACGCGAAAGCUGAAAAAUGACCACUUCUGCAGCUUCAUUUCUACUGAAGAACAGAACUCACAACUGUUAAUCCAUCAAUUUACAAUUUAGCAAAGCUUGUUUUACCGUUUGAAAGUUAGAUUUAUCAGCAGCUGGAUGCACGGCUUGCUGUAUCAGAAUUUUAUCGUAGAUGACCAAAUUAUAUGCAAGCCGCUGCUCUACUCCAGUGGGUGCUACUGCUAAUGCUUGCCAGACAUCCCGAAUAUUAUGACGAGUCGAAAGAUAUUAAUGUACACAACUCCAGCUGAAAUCCAAAACCAAAUCUACUAUCCGCGCUGAUAGAUAUACUCCAUUGUACAAUUAUCCAGAGAGAAAGAAGCGCGACCAAAAGAACGUGCUUUUCGUGCAAGAUGGAUGCAGCAGGGAACUCCUCUGCAGUAAAACAGACGCGCGUGUUGAACUAAUUGUACGAAACUGAUGGUGGAGAAGAAU